AUGGCAGAAAAUAACGCCCUCCUGAGACGGCUACAGAAUAAGGGAACUCUGGUGGUAGCUGAAGGUUACCUCUUUGAGUUUGAAAGGCGAGGCUACCUGAAAGCUGGGGCCUUUGUGCCGGAAGUUGUUCUGGAACAUCCGGAUUUGGUGAAGUCCUUGUCGGAGGAGUUUGUGCAUGCCGGAAGUGACGUUGUCUUGGCAUUUACGUAUUACGGGCACAGAGAAAAACUACGAACGAUCGGAAGAGAAGGUGAUCUUGAGAAAAUUAACCGACAAGCAUUAGAGAUUGCUAAAAGCGUUGCCAAGGAAACGGGGACGCUCUUUGCCGGAAAUAUCUGCAACACCGCCGUCUACCAGGCGGACAAUGAGGAGUCCCAAAGAAAAGCGGAAGCCAUGUUUAAGGAGCAGAUUGAAUGGGCUGUGGAAGCUGGUGUUGACUUCAUCCUCGGGGAAACAUUUGCAGAGCUGGGAGAAGCCACGCUCGCCUUGGAGUCUAUACAAAAAUAUGGCCAAGGCGUCCCCGCUGUCAUCACCUUAAUGCCAACAGCUACAGAGUUUACAAUCGAGGGCGUGCCCAUUGCCGAGGCUUGCCGUCGACUGGAGGAGGCAGGGGCGGCGGUGGUAGGAUUAAACUGUUGUCGGGGCCCGGCCUCCAUUCUGCCUCUCAUAAAAGAAGUUAGGGCAGCUUGUAAGGGUCCCAUCGCUUGCCUGCCGGUUCCUUACAGAACCAGCCUAGAAUUCCCAAGCAUGCAGUCCCUGAAAGACCCGUUCUCAGGUCGCCAGGCCUUCCCGCUGGAUCUGCCUAGCCAGCUGUGUGGUCGGUCAGAGAUCAGAAACUUCGCCGAAGCUUGCAAGGAGAUCGGGGUAGAGUACGUGGGGCUUUGCUGUGGCAAUGCUUCACAUUAUCUGAGAGAGGUGGCCGAGGUCUACGGACGGACGCCCCCAGCCAGCAAAUACUCGCCAGACAUGAGCCAACAUAUUCUGUUUGGGGACAAAUCCAAGAUGCGCGAUUAUUAUACCGGAAAAGUACGGCAAGCCAUUGUGACACAAGAUUCCUAA